AUGCUUCGGACGAGCACUACACAAGCCGGACGAGCAUUGCUACGAUCUCGUCCUGAGCUUGUCUCGCCAUCAUCACGACCCUUUCGCAUCCGGCACCUCAGCACGACCCCAUUCAUGGCACGCAAGUCGGCGCGAGCAAUCGCAGCUGCCGAUUCAACAGCCUCUCCAGAAACCCAAGAUGCGAGUACUAGCAAAGUUUCGCUGUCAGACCUCAACCCGAAAUCAUGCUUGACGUGCGGGAGAGUGAUAACGCCACGAGCCAAAUGGGCAAAGGACUGGAACGGGAUCAAGUAUUGUUCGGACCGUUGCAGAAGCAGCAGACCUGGCAAGAUCGUCGCCGCGUUCAAAAUCGAACAGAAGAAUCGUGAGGCACUAACUGAUCGCUCUGGAGUGACCUGCAGUGAUAAUGAUGUGAGAGUGGACGUGGAGACAUUCGUCGAAGGGGUGCUGUUGGAGAUCGCGGCAAAAGCCGGAGGGGGGACACUGGAGGACGCUCAAGAUCGGAUCCGGAGCUUGCUCGAAAGUGCAUCAAUACCAGUCGGCAUGCGCGAAUCCGAGACCAAACCCAGCGAUACAGACGAGGACGAGGAUGGGCAGAGCCACAACGCAUCCACUGAGAUCGACGACAGUACCCACGUGCAUCUUCUCUGGAAAGCACUGGACAGCCCACCCGGUCUACGAGAGCGCAUCCGAAGAGCAGCAAGACGUCUAGCUCUUGGUCUCACUCACGAAUCGAACACACGACAAACGAGCAUCACGACAACAGAAGCAGGAUCGUUGGAGCUGCUGCAAGGCGGCAAGGUCUUGCGAACAGUUCAAGAUUUGUCUUUUGCAAAAGGUGUCUUACAUGUAAAGCUGAAGAAUAGUUGA